CGGGACCAGUAACUCACUUCCUUAUCUGCCACACAACUGCUCAUAUACCUACUGCCUCCUGCCUCGUCCACAUCUGAUGCAUCCUGCCUCAACACGCACAUGCUCCUUCACUCUAUAGCUCAAAAAGCAGCACAUAAUCUCCAGCCCAGCUAUCAGUCUACUAGACAGAAUGGAGGGCUCGUCCGAGGAUAUCAACUCGGCCCUGGAGUCGUUCCGGGAGCGGUGGCGGGCCGAGGUGCGGGCCAAGCAGCCCGGCGCAAGCCACGGGCAGGCGCCGGGGCCGGAACAACCCGCGGCCGAGCCGCCGCAGACCGCCCUGGCCCUGUACGAGGAGGCCGUGGAGAUGGAGUCCCGGGGCAGGCUCGGCGAGAGCCUGCGGCUGUACCGGACCGCCUUCCGCAUGGACGACAAUGUCGACCGCCUGUACAAGGCUAAGCACUUCCCCCACCACGCGGCCCCUCCUCCCCCCUCCAAGCCCACGCCAUCGGCCCCGUCCGCAGCCGCGGCCGCGCCAGCGGCUCCCCGCAGGGCCCACCACCCCCAUGGGUCUGUCCCAGCGGCAGCGGCAGCGACGACGACAACGCCAACAGCAACAGCAGCAGCAGCAGCCGCCGUCACCGCCCCGCCCCGACCGCGCGUGUCCCUCGACGACCUGGUCAGCGGGUUCGCGGGGCUCGCCAUCCAGCCGGCGCCGCCGCUCGUCGAGGGCAUGCCGGCGCCGCCGUGCCCCAUGGCGGCGCUGCCGGACGAGGUGCUGCUGCACGUGCUGCUCGACGUGGCCGCCGACGACGUGGGCGACUUUGUGCGCUUGGCCCAGGUCUGCCGCCGCCUCGCCUUCCUGGUCGCGACCGAGGGGCGCAUCUGGCGCCGCGUCUGCCUGGGGCCAGAGUUUGGCUUCGUCGUCAUGCCGCGCGUCUGGAGGACGGAUUUGGCCUGGGAGGCGGCGGACCUGGACGGGGCAGGGACGGCCGGGCUGGUGGUUGGUGAUGGCGAGGAGGAGGGGGAGAGGGGCGAUGACCAGGCCCGGGCGGCGGAGGCACAGUCUCCCUCUGCGGUGGCGUGGUCGCUGCUCGCCAGCACGUACGGCGGCUCAUGGCAGGCCAUGUUCCGCUUCAGGCCGCGGAUCCGGUUCAACGGCUGCUACAUCAGCACCGUCAACUACAUCCGCGCCGGCCAGGCGUCGGCCAACAUGGUGACGUGGAACAGCCCCGUUCACGUGUGCACCUACUUCCGCUACCUCCGCUUCUUCCGCGACGGCACCUGCAUCUCGCUCCUGACCACCACGGAGCCGGCCGAGGUGGUCCCGCACCUGACAAAGGAAAACCUGGAGCUGCACCGCGUGGCCCCCGUGCUGAGCCUCCCAUCGAGCGUCAUGCAGUAUGCCCUCAAGGGGCGCUGGCGCCUGGGCUCCGCCGGUGCCGGGCCCCGGGGGGCGGCCGGUGCCGCGGCUGCGCCGGUAACGGCCGCCGGGGGGCCUCCCGAAGACCAGCCGGCGCCCUCUGAAGAGGACCUGUUCAUAGAGACCGAGGGCGUGGGCAAGUACAUGUACCGGCUCGACCUGGCCCUCAAGACGGCGGGCAAGGGCGCCAGGAAUAACAAGCUCGUGUGGAAGGGCUUCUGGAGUUACAACCGCCUGACGGACGACUGGGCAGAGUUUGGGCUCAAGAACGACAAGGCCUUUAUUUUCAGCCGGGUAAAGCGGUUCGCCGUGUAGAGAGAGAGAGAGAGAGAGAGAGAGAGAGAGAGAGAGAGAGAGAGAGAGAGAGAGAGAGAGAGAGAGAGAGAGAGAGAGAGAGAGAGAGAGAGAGAG